GCGAGAUUGCCGUUCACAGACAGAGAGACAUGGGCAAGGCGAAGCGGACCGUGGUGGCGGACAAAAAGUCGGACGACCGCAUUCGCAUCGAGUACGACAAGGCGGCCUUCGCGACGCUCUUCAACCAGAUGAGCGGCAACCUCGCGCGCGAGUUCCCGGCGCUCGCGACCUCUGGCAAGUCGUACCCGCUGCCGCCGACCAAGUCCAAGUGGGUCACGCUCGUCUUCCUCAUCCAGGUCGUGCUCGUCGUCGCCAUCAUGUUUGGCGAAACGAUCGUCGAGAAGCUCAGCCUGGAGCUGGCGCCGGUCUACUUGCAAAAGUACCGCGAGAACAAGUUCAUGGCGCUGCCCAUCGUCAUGAUGCUGUCGCCCGUGCGCCAAAUGCUCUCCAACACGGGCGCGUUCGAAGUCCACCUCAACGAUGAGCUCGUCUACUCCAUGCUCGAGACGCGGUCGCUCUUGACGUUUGAGACCCUCAAGAAGAUCCUCGCCGACAAGAACAUUCGGCCCAUGAACGCCAAGUAGACGAGGUAGCUGGCCUAGACAGCGCAUGUGCAAGGCGACUCGUGCAUCAGUCGCUCACGCGAUGAGAUGCUUCGACGAUUAGCAUCUAGAACAUUGCGUCACGUACUGCAUUAGCGUUGGUAUCGCCGUCGAGAGAUACCGGUCUCCACUGCGUCGAAGCAAAUAAGAAGUCACUUGACC